AUGGGCAAAAAAGUUUUAUGUAUUUGUACUUUUUGUCUACAAGAAACUAAUAAUAAUGGCAAGUUUUUAAGUAUCUCUUCUCGAACAAGACAUAGAAAGCGUGAAAAAAAUAUUCAAAAUACUUUCAUAAUUUCAAAUAAUAUAUCAGAAAAUAUUUUUAAUAGUCAAAUUAAUACUAUUAGUAUGGAAGAUAUUGAAAAAACUAUUAAUCAAAAUAUGGAGGGUAUUGAGAAAACUAUUAGUCAAAGUAAUGAUAAUAUUGAACAAAGUAAUAUAGAAAGUCAAAGUAAUGAUAAUAUUGAACAAAAUUUAGAAAAUGAGGAAUUUUUUGAAAUAGAAGAAUUAGGAAGAGAAUUAGAAGAAUUAGGAGAAAAUGAAUUAGAAGAAUUAGAAAGAGAAUUAGAAGAAUUAGAAGAAGAAGAGGAAUUAGAAGAAUUGGAAAGAGAAUUAGAAGAAUUAGAGAAAGAAGAAUUAGAAAAUGAAGAACUAGAAA